UGGGAUGCUAUAACAGAGAUGGAUGAACACAACCGUCCCAUCCAUACCUUCCAGGUGUGUCACGUGAUGGAACCCAACCAGAACAACUGGCUACGCUCCAAUUGGAUCCUCCGCCAGGCAGCACAGAAGGUGUACGUGGAGCUGCGGUUCACUCUGAGAGACUGUAACUCCAUCCCCUGGGUAUCUGGGACCUGCAAGGAGACCUUCAACCUUUUCUACUAUGAGACAGACGAGUCCCACGGGGGCAAGUUCAAACCCGCCCAGUACACCAAGAUCGACACCAUUGCAGCUGACGAGAGCUUCACCCAGAUGGACCUGGGAGACCGCAUUCUGAAGCUCAACACUGAGGUUCGGGAAGUGGGUCCUAUCUCCAGGAAGGGUUUCUACCUGGCGUUCCAGGACAUUGGGGCGUGCAUCGCCCUGGUCUCAGUCAGGGUGUACUAUAAGAAGUGUCCCUUCACCCUGAGGAACCUGGCCUCCUUCCCUGACACCGUGCCCCGGGUCGACUCCUCCUCCCUGGUGGAGGUCAGGGGAGUGUGUGUGGAGCAUGCCGAGGAGAGGGACACUCCCAAACUGUACUGCGGCGCCGAUGGUGACUGGCUGGUGCCUUUGGGGAAGUGUGUCUGUAGCCUGGGCUAUGAAGAGAUGGACGGGGCAUGUCUCGCGUGUCGACCAGGCUUCUACAAGGCGUUUGCGGGGAACAUCAAGUGUUCCAAGUGUCCCCCUCACAGUUUCAGCUAUGGAGAGGGGGCUGCUGUCUGCCACUGUGAGAAGGCUUUCUACAGAGCUGAGAGAGACCCACCCACUAUGGCCUGCACACGUCCCCCCUCCCCUCCUCGUAACGUGGUCUUCAACCUUAAUGACACCUGUCUACUGUUAGAGUGGUCUCCACCCAGUGACAUGGGUGGUCGCAGGGACCUGACCUAUAACGUGCUGUGUAAACGCUGUGGCCCAGAGCCCGACCAAUGCCAGCUGUGUGGGGAGGAGCUGCGCUUCGUGCCCCGCCCCCAGGGCCUGACCAACGCCAUGGUAACAGUGAUGGACUUCUCGGCUCACGCCAACUACACCUUCGAGAUCGAGUCGCUGAACGGAGUGUCUGAGAUGAGCCACUUCCCGAGACCUGUGGCCGCCAUCACUGUCUCCACCGACCAGGGCGGUCCCUUUAUGGUGGGCGUGCUGAAGAAGGACUGGGCAUCUCAGAACAGCAUUGCCCUGUCGUGGCUGGAGCUAGAACAGACCUCCCUCCUGGUGGUAGACUAUGAGGUCAAGUACUACGAGAAGGAACAUGAGGAGUUGAGCUACUCGUCGACACGGACCAAAGCCCCCAGUGUGGUCAUCACAGGGUUAAAGCCCUCCACCUGCUACGUCUUCAGCCUGAGAACACGCACCUCCUCUGGACACAGCGCCUACAGCCCCAAAUGCGAGUAUGAGACCACGGACGACACGUCGGACAUGGCUUCAGACCAGGGUCAAGUGUUGGUGAUCGUCACGGCAGCCGUGGGCGGCUUCACUCUCCUCAUCAUCCUCACCCUCUUCUUCCUCAUCACCGGACGGUGUCAGUGGUACAUCAAAUCCAAGAUGAGCUCAGAGGAGAAGAGGAGGACCAACUAUCAGAGUGGACAUGCCCUCCCAUUCCCGGGAGUAAAGGCCUAUGUAGAUCCAGACACCUAUGAGGAUCCUACCCAGGCUGUCCAUGAGUUUGCCAAAGAGAUUGACCCGACCCGGAUCCGUAUAGAAAGAGUUAUUGGAGCAGGUGAGUUCGGGGAGGUGUGUAGCGGUCGUCUGCGGAUACCGGGGAAGAGGGAGAUCGCCGUGGCGAUAAAGACACUGAAGGGCGGCUACGUGGAGCGUCAGAGGCGGGACUUCCUCCGUGAGGCCAGCAUCAUGGGACAGUUUGACCACCCAAACAUCAUCAGGCUGGAGGGCGUGGUCACCAAAAGCAGGCCUGUGAUGAUUGUGGUGGAGUACAUGGAGAAUGGAUCUCUGGACUCUUUCCUGAGGACGCAUGAUGGCCAAUUCACAGUGAUCCAGUUGGUGGGCAUGCUGCGUGGCAUUGCGUCGGGCAUGAAGUACCUGUCUGACAUGGGCUACGUCCACAGAGACCUGGCCGCCCGCAACAUUCUGGUCAACAGCAACCUGGUGUGUAAGGUGUCUGACUUCGGCCUGUCCAGAGUCCUGGAGGACGACCCAGAGGCUGCUUACACCACCACGGGAGGUAAGAUCCCUAUCAGGUGGACAGCUCCAGAGGCCAUCUCCUACAGGAAGUUCUCAUCAGCCAGCGACGCCUGGAGCUACGGAAUCGUCAUGUGGGAAGUGAUGUCAUACGGGGAGCGGCCUUACUGGGAGAUGUCCAAUCAGGACGUGAUCCUGUCCAUAGAGGAGGGCUACCGUCUCCCUGCUCCUAUGGGCUGCCCUGUGGUUCUACACCAGCUGAUGCUACACUGCUGGCAGAAGGAGAGGAGCCAGAGGCCCAAGUUCACUGAUGUGGUGUCCUUCCUGGAUAAGCUGAUCAGGAACCCCAGCAGCCUGCUGGCCCUGGUGGAAGAUAUACAGGGUCUAGCAGAGUCCCCAGGAGAGGUGGUGGACUACCCCAUGUUCAUCUCCAUCGGGGAUUGGCUCGAUUCCAUCAAGAUGAGCCAAUACAAGAGCAGCUUUGUGGCAGCAGGAUUCAGCACCCUGGAUUCUGUGGCCCAGAUGAGCAUUGAGUGA